AUGAACAUCAAUCGCAGUCUGUCGCCGCACACCCUUGUCAUGCUGCCCGACGAGAAUGAUCUGAAGGAGAAUCAGGACUACUUAAUUCCCACUGCUUUUGUCCUCUCCGAAGUGGAUGGCUAUACUCAUCUCAAGGACUCCCCAACCAUGUUUCCUCCUCAACCUCCUACUGCGGGAUGCAACGCAGAUUCGGCUGGGUCCCUGGUCCUCAAGAGUAGUGAGAUUUGA